GACCUACUUAAAAAAUAAAGCAAUAAAGCUGAUUCUGAUAUAUAUAUAUAUAUACACACAUAUAUAUAGAUUAUAACCUGACACUUCUUACUGUUACCCUGCUGAUGCACUCAUGCCGAGUGCUGCUGCAGCGCCAACCUCCUCCUUAUGUGAUAUAUUUUUGUUCACGUAUGUGUGUUUUUUAAGGGGGGAUUAGUUCCCACAGCCCCGCUGCUCUGAUUCUAUGAGAGCAGACCCUUUUCCGCCAAACCUAAUUAUAACUGUUUGCUAUAAAUGGUCAACUCGUUGACGCAAAUGCAUUUGACUGAACAAGCAGGUAAGUGGACCUUGCUUUGUGGUUGCUUUGUUAACUGCAGUUUCCAAGGUCAAGAAUGAACUUCAUGUUUUAAAAUCUUUAAGGCCGCAACCAGGAUUCUUUUCAUUGUCGUUUUCUUAAAUAACAGUUUGUCUUUAAAAUGUCAGGAAACAGAAGAAUGCGUUGUUUUGUUCGAGCAACAGCUCAAAACCCAAAGAUAUAAACAAAGAAAAGCAGCGAAUCACCACAUUUAAGAAACUGGGACCAGAGAAUGUUUGGCUUGUUUGGCUUUAAUGACUGAAAUGAUUAAUUGUUUAUUGAAAUAGUUGCAGAUUUAUUUUCUGUUAGUUGAUCGAUUGAUUCAUUGACUUGUUUCAGUUUGUCAAAUUGUUUUCCUCUCUGUGAGCAGAAUAAGAACGGACACUUUUUUCCUUCCUUCCCGCCCAAGUAUCUGAACCGGCCAUGCGGUGGAUCUGUAGGUUACUCAUUUUCAUCACCGAACGCACUAAUGCGAAGAGAGUGAUUACCUGGACCUUUGCAGGAGCCGAGUGCGUGUUCAUCACCUUAAAUGUGCAACACCCCAACGUGUGACGACCGCCUGCUUUGUCAUUGUCCAUGCAUCUGGAGUGACCCUUAGCACAGCGCUGCACACACACACACACACACACACACACACACAUACAAUAAGAGUAUGUAUAGAGUUUCAAGCUCUGGGGGUGUCACAUGCCUAGAUUGAAGAUAAAUUGUGUUUCAGAUUAGAUGAAGAAGUGGUGGAGGAGGAGGAGGGCGUGGACUACAGUCUGCUUGAUGAUGAACUCCUCCAGCUGCAGGAAAAAGGAUUAGAAAGACCGUCUUACACAACCUUCGUGAACAAACCCAGGUGGCUUCUCAGAAAAUCCACAUCAAGACCAAAACAAAUGGUUCAACUAAAGAAUGCGUGACACCUGUCAGACUGAUGAAGAGGAUGUUUUUCAGCACCUGUAUGCUAGUCUCAUAGACAGACAGGUGUGUGUACAGCAAGUAGGUACACUCUGUCCUACAAGGAGCAGCCUCAUAUUAAUAAGUCGAAACAGUAUCCUCACCACAUAACCCAGUUUGCCAUGCUCUCCUUGUUGCCACUACUGACACGCCAUGAGAUGGCAUACUCAGGGGAGGGCACUGUCACCUUGGAUUAAAGCAUCUUUUGAAUAAUGCCUCUUUGCACGUCACUAGGUCUAAAGAAAGCUUUAGCGCAGUGUGCAUAAAGCAUUUUGUGCACUCAAAGCCUCAGUGGUAUGGAUAUUAGAAGCCAGACAUCCCUCCUCCUGCAUGAGAGCAAAAUAUCACAUCUGAUGAUAUGAUGUGUCGUGUGAAAUAUUAAUUUGGAUUUAAACAAGCAGGAACAGGAGUAACACGGGGGUGGAAGUCCCCCGACGCUACAAAAUCAAUCUAGGAUGGCAAUUUGUGAUUAUUGUCAUUAUCGAUUAAUCUGUCGAUUAAUUAUUUAGGCUAUAAAGUGUCAGACAAUAAUGUGAAAAAUGUCCCAGAGUCCAGGGGAGACGUCUUCAAAUGACUUUGACCAACAGUCCAAAACUCAAAGAUAUUCAAUUUUCAAAGAUAUAAAACAGGGCAAAUCUGAAAAUCAUCAUAUUCGAGAAGCUGGAACCAGAGAAUAUUUGGCGUCUUUCCGCAAUAAAUGACUCAAACCUGUCUUUCCCAACUGUUUUGGCUUGUGACCCCUUAAAAUGAAGCAACGCGAGUGAGCAUGGGGAAUGAGACGUUCAGCCAAACAGUAAUUUCUCUCUCUCAGGUUGAUCGAUAUGAAGGAUUUUUAGAGCCUUGGAGAGGUUAAAGCUGCUACAGUCGAUAUUUCUUUAAUAUUAACAAUGGAUCAAAUGACUAAGUCCAAGGCGUUGCUCGUAGUGAUGAACCCGCAGAGAAUUAAAACCAGACUCUGCAGCUCCACGGCGCAUUUUAAGUCUUUCGGCUCACUGUUUUGGUUUUAUGACACAGUUAGAGAGCAGCUGGUGAACAUAGUGGAGCGUUUAGCAGCUAAAGAGCCAGAUGUUUCCCUCAGGAGCUGGUGGAGACCAAACACAGAGCUACAAGAGAGACAAUAUUGGGCUUAUAUUCAUCAGGUGGACACAAAUACGACUCCAAAUUACUGCCAGUGUAGCUCUGUAUCUCCUGGAUGUGUAAAUAAGCAACUGUUUGCUAACAAGUUCGCCAUUUCAGCUUAAAUCAACUUAAAGGGCGUGUCAGUGUUGUGUUUACAGCCUGUUUCUGCUGCCCCCAAGUGGCCAAAUCGCAGCGUUAUUGCAGGUUUAAAGGGUCCAGUAUGAGCUAAUUUAGAGAAAAGUCAAUAAUAAUAAUAAACAUAAUUUUGUGAAACAGAAAUCAUCUUUUUUCUUUCUUUCUCAGACAUUUAAUCAUCUUAUGACUCACCAGAUUUAAUUUGGGACCCCACUGAGGAUCCGGCCACUAAACUAAUUACAAAAAGUGUUUUCUGUCAAUUGACUAAUUGAUUCAGUUGUUUCAGUAAUAAUCCAAACGCAUGAGUCUGUUUUUAAAGGGCAUGUUUCCGGAGCUCAUUUCCAUUGUAUUUUAUUUAAAACGAUCCUCGGGGAUGCUUAACUUUAUUGACACACUGGGACCAUCUGUCCAUUUAGCCCACAGCCAAAUCUGUUAACUCUGGGCUUGGCACGGAUUCAACUGGAAAUGGGGACACAUGUUAAAAGGGUUCCUUUCCUGGAUGCUUAAUUAGAGCUUCUCUUCUUUUCAGCGAUGCGCGCGGAUCCUUCCAAAAUCAGUUUACCCCAUCCUUUAACUUUCUCAUAGAAGUGGCGUCUGGAUUGCACAGGGAUUAAAGAUCUGGAUCAGCGCAGGGCCGUUGCAUAAUUAACUCCACGACGAGGAGUUAUUCCUCGCGUCGCAGGCUCCCCCCCGGACGAAGUGGCUCAACGUGGGCGGCGCGUCGAGGAGACGAUCCGUAGCACCGCCGCGCCUCCACGCGCGACUCAGACGCAGGAGGUGAAGCAGCGGGACCCUGCGGAGUAAACCCGUGCAUGUAAAGGGAGUCUUGGUUCGGGGCCAGCCGUGAAGGGUACGGUAGUGUCCCUCUGAUGGUGCGCGUCUCUCCAAGGUGGAUUCGGUUUCCAGUCCGGUAACGCAAACUGACGGAGCGACUUCAUUUGAGUAUUCACGAGAAACCGACCCGACCGGAAAGGACAGUUCAUCACCUGAAGACCGGCUGACUCUUAAUGGAUCAUAACCUCUGAGAUCAUCCGGACAGCUCAUCCGGAGUCCCGAUCGGUGUCUUUCUGGCCGCGCGCGCCUUUCUCCGUUGACAGAAGUGACAUUUCCAACAUCAACGCGUUUCUGGCACCAUCGCAAAACUGUGCGCCGCCGCUGCUGCUGCGACUUUUCUUGUGCACAAUUAAACUGAAAGGAUAGUGCUCAGGCGCGCGGGGAGGCGGAUCAAAAGAUUAUCAAGUCACAAGAAGACAUUUAACGACACGCGUGAAAAUUAUGUGAAACAAAAGAUCUGGAAAUGCGUCGCAAAUGCUUCUGUCUGCUUGAGGUAAGUUCUGCGCCUUUUGCGCUUCGACUUCAUCUGCUAGCUCCUCGCCUCGGGUUUGGACAUUUAAAUUAAAAUAGCUUAAUAAAAGCGAGCAGAUCCGUCUUGUUCUCGCGGAUUUCAGUUGAGUGUAAUCUUGAUGCGAGGGGAUUUAACACUAUCAUCCCACCCAGAUGUCAGUUUUUGGAUAUUGUCUCCAUGUCACAGCUAUUUAAAAAACAAACAAACAUUAAAAGCAAGACAAACAAAACAAAAAGAAGACAUUUCUCUGAACUAAAAGGUUUGAGCCAGAUCUUGACAGAGACUUCUUUCUCCCUCCUUCCCUCUGCACCGCUCCCAGUAUUAAGAACAAUCUGCAUCAUAUUAGUUUAAAUAAGCGCCGAAGCUGCAAAUGGCGUGUUUAGUUGCAAAAACUGAAACAUAAACCAGGACUUUGGGUUAAGAUGGCAUGAGAAAACGAUCCCAAGUGACAUGAUCAUCCCCCCGGAGACUGGAGCUCAAAAUGCUGAUGCUGAAAAACCCGGAUUUGGGACACUGGAGAUUAAAAAGAGAGUACAAUGCAGCAAGUGCACCCCUCUCACUUUCAGGUCUCCUGCUUGUUUGGAUCACAUGAAGAAAAAGUGCACAUAUUCAAAAUGAACAUUUUGGUCUCACAAACGCUUCCCUGCGAUGAGUCAUCUGAUAUUAUCUCUGCCGUGGCACCUUCUGGACAAAAUGGAGAGAGAGGCAACAGUAAGGACAUGUGGUUUGUUGCACUCAGAAGAGACAGGCUGAUGUUGUUACAGAUGCCCGAGGUGGAUUGCUUCAUCUGCCUCCUGUACCACUUGUGUGAGGAGAGCCGCUGCUGCACUAAGAAUAGUCAAGAAUCCUCUGAAGCCUUUUUAAAAAAAAUCCUCCUGCUUUCUAUUCGCGUCCAUGACACGAUGCUUUCCCCUUACCCGAACCCCCUAACUAAGUGCCUGACCUCAGCCUAACUGCAACCUGCACCCUAAAGCCACGUCUUAACCCUCAAAAAGCAGUCUCUACCCACGGGGACCUCAGUUUUCCCCCAUGGGUUAGUGUGCAUUCAGGUUCCCACCAGGAUUUAAGAUCAUGAAACGCAGCAACUCACAUAUCAAGUCAAAAAGUAACCAGUACAUUUACUCAAGUACAGUCUUGAGGUACUUGUCCUUCGCUUGAGUAUUCCUAUUUAACGGUGGUGGAAGAAGUAAAAGUAGCAACACCACAGUGUUGAAAUACUCUGUUACAAGUUACCAAAAGUGACGGUACUUAUUAUACAGGGUGGCCCAUUUCAGAAUAAUGUGUAUUAUAUUAUUGGAUUGUAAUUAUUGUGCAGUGCUGCUAGAGCCAACCUGAAGAAAGGCAUCAGGGACGCUAAAGCGGUCUACAAGAGGAAGAUUGAGGACCGCCUCAAUAAUAGCCCACGGAGGGUGUGGCAGGGCGUCCAGCACGUCACCAAGUAGGAACUUCACCUUCGCGUCCUCAGUGUGCAGGAGCGUGACGUGAGGCCCUGAUGGUGCUGCGGGAUUGUGCAGACCAGCUCUCCAAGGUCUUCACGGAGAUCUUCAACCGGUCCCUGUCUAAAUCCAUCAUCAUCACUCCGCUGCUGAAAAAGGACCGCCUCGACGACGGCCGUCUGGUAGCACUUUACACCGGUGCGCGAAGUGCUUCGAGAGGCUGGUCCUGCAGCACAUCAAAGCCAGCCUCCCACCCAGAGGACGCCACCGCUCUUCACACCGCACUGACCCGCCUGGAACACCAGGGCAGCUGUGUGUGUGCCAUCAUAAGCCUCCUGCCUUCAGGCUCUUUAGCAGAUUUGACAUGUGAAGCUCUGCUCAUGCUAUCCGGGAAUGUGUCAUUACAGUCCCUGGCCUCCUCCUGGAACCAAACCCUGAGCAAUGCCACCGGUCAGUGGAGCGGCUCAGGUCUCUACUGUGACACCUCCAUCGAUGGCAUUGGCACCUGCUGGCCCAGGAGCAGCGCUGGCCAGAUGGUGUCGCGACCCUGUCCAGAGAUGUUCUACGGUGUCAGAUACAACACCACCAAUAAUGUUUAUAGGAAAUGUCUUGCAAAUGGGACGUGGGCGCUGAAGGGGAACUACUCCAUGUGUAAGGCCAUACUUCACGAGGAGAAAAAAGGCAAGAUGCACUACCAAAUAGCUGUGAUCAUAAACUUCCUGGGUCACUGCAUCUCAAUGGUGGCUCUGCUCAUAGCCUUCUUCCUCUUCUUGUGUUUGAGGAGCAUCCGCUGCCUGAGAAACAUCAUCCACUGGAACCUCAUCACAGCCUUCAUCCUGAGGAACGCCACCUGGUUUAUCGUCCAAUUGACAAUGAGUCCCGAGGUGCAUGAAAGCAACGUGGUUUGGUGCCGUCUCGUCACCGCUUCCUUCAACUAUUUCCACUCCACCAAUUUCUUUUGGAUGUUUGGUGAGGGCUGUUACCUCCACACCGCCAUCGUCCUCACCUACUCCACCGACAAGCUGCGCAAGUGGAUGUUCAUCUGCAUCGGCUGGUGUAUACCAUUCCCUAUAAUUGUGGCAUGGGCCAUUGGGAAGCUGUACUACGACAAUGAGAAGUGCUGGUUUGGGAAGCGAGCUGGUGUAUACACAGACUACAUCUACCAAGGUCCCAUGAUUCUUGUGUUAGUGAUCAAUUUCAUUUUCCUCUUCAACAUUGUGAGAAUCCUGAUGACCAAAUUGCGAGCCUCUACCACAUCAGAGACAAUCCAAUACAGGAAAGCUGUGAAGGCCACACUGGUACUUCUUCCUCUCCUGGGAAUCACCUAUAUGCUGUUCUUUGUCAACCCGGGGGAAGAUGAGAUCUCUCAAAUCGUCUUCAUAUAUUUCAACUCAUUUUUGGAAUCCUUUCAGGGCUUCUUUGUGUCAGUAUUUUACUGCUUCCUAAACAGUGAGGUGCGAUCAGCUGUGAGGAAGCGGUUCCACCGUUGGCAGGAGCAGCACUCCAUCCGAGCCAGGAUGACCCAGGCUAUGUCCAUCCCCACUUCACCUUCAAGGGUCAGCUUUCACAGCAUCAAGCAGUCCACGUCGCUAUGAGAGAGAGGAACAGCUUUGUCCUAGAUACGUGUUCUGGGAGAAACCCCCAGCUGUCGUUGUCAUCAUUUUCUGCCACAUCACUGGAGUACGCUAAAACCUUUUCUGAGCUGGGGCGAGGCUAGAGAGCAAGAGAGAGACUGCAUCAGUCUCCUAAACCUCAGGAGGGACAUUAUACAGACUUUCAGGAGAAAAUUGAUGGGGACGGGGAUAAAGGACACUGCAGACUUUAUAAAAUGAGAGGUUAGUGGAUGCACGUGACCAAGCUGAGUUUGGAUCUGUGUCACUUUGGGUGUGAAUGUACAGCACUCCAUAUUCUUUAAUGUUUUCCUGCCAUAGAAAUUCUCUGUUGUAUUCCUGCUUGCACACUUUCUUUUUUUUUUUGGCUAUCUUGCAUCUGUGAGAACUUGAAGCUCGUGCCGCUGGACUGCACUGAACUGGAUUCCAUCCCAGCGGACACUGGACUCACAUGCUACAGGGGCAGUGACUAAGUUAUUUUGUUUUCAGUUUUUAAUUUCUUUUUUUGCUGUCACAAACAAUUGGUCUGGUCAUAGUGUUUGUUAAUUUUGUGUUGUGCUAUCUUCCUCUGUUCUCAGUCAGCUUGGUGCAGUCAUGCUACUUUCAUCAACUUUCCAGGAAGAUAAACACAUUCCAUAUUUUCUACCUGAAGAGUUUUGUUCCAAAAUAAUAUGUCUACCAUGAAUACAUGUGUGGCAUUUACUGCUUUCAUUAAAGUCAAGCACAUAGUGGGUUAGUAGUGAAGUUUGAAGUCAUUUGCUUCCUUUCUGAGAAUUACAUGAGAAGAUCGAUGCCACUGGCAUGCGUUAUGAAUUGAGCUAGAGCCAGGAGGUGAUUAGCAUAGCUUAGCAUAAAGACUGAAAACAAGGCGAACAGCUAGCCUGCAUGUCUCCAAUGUCCAAAAAUACUCCAAUGAAAUAGUUACUCUCCCUAAAACCAAAAAUUGUCUUUUUUUUACGUUUAAACAAA